GGUUGAUAAAAAGGGGAGAGGCUGCCAAGAGAUGGGCUUGAGUAGGAGGAGACUGACCUGCCAACAGCCAGCCUUGGAUAUCACUCUCUCAAAAGUGUCUGUGGUGAUCAGUGUGGUGGUGAUCAGAAGUUCUUAACUGUGAGGAAUAUGACAAACCUGAAGAUAUACCUGAGGAGGUAGCUACACCUGAAUCAGGGUAAAGAGGCGUGUGUUCCCAUGGAUGAUUCAAACCUGUCUAGCAGUGUUGAUGUAGAUAAAGGCUUUGCCAUUGCCUUUGUUGUCCUUCUAUUUCUGUUCCUAAUUGUGAUGAUUUUUCGGUGUGCCAAGUUGGUGAAGAAUCCCUACGAGGCCAGCUCCCCAACCACGGAACCAUCUCUGAGCUGAACUAUGAAAAAAUCUGAUAGACUCUCCAUCCCAGGAGAUUUGAAAUCUACUGUACAGAUAUUUAGGACCCAGACUUUAUAUUAUUUCACCUCUCUGUGUGUCAGACUUCUCAUUCUUGCAUUUCACAAUAGGCACAUGAGGGUGAGUUGAAAAUCACAAAAAGGAUGAAACACGAGCCAAUUUAUAUUGUUCCUUUUCAGGGAAAUGGUUACAAAAUAGGAUCGAGACAGGCUGAACUCAUUGAUUAAAAUAAGGCCAUGGGUUUCAACUCUCCAGUAUCAAGUGUCCUUAAGAUACAACAGUUAGACAUAACUGUAUGAUGUAAUGUAAUACAAUGAUACUUGGUGAGUCCUACCGAAAGCCAGAACUCCUAAAGGCAGUCUUAGGAGAUCCCUUUAGUUUAGCAAAUAUAAGGCCUGCAGGAACCAAUUGUCCUAUGAUAAGAGUCUAACAGGACCUUUAAAAAAAUUUUUUUUUAAUUUAUGCAUUUCUUUGAGAGAGAGAGAGAUGAGUGGGGCAGGAGCAGACGGGGAAGGAGAAAGAAUCCCGAGGAAACUCCGUGCUGAGCGCAGAGCCCUACUCUGGUCUCAGGCUCCAUAAGGGGCUUAAUUCCACGACCCUGAGAUCAUGAUCCCAGCCGAAACCAGCCGAAACCAGCCGAAACCAAGAGUCAGAGGCCUACCGACUGAUCCACCCAGGUGCCCCUAAUAGGAGCUUUUUAGUGUGUAUGGUUUUGUAAAAUCUGCUGCCUUUCUCAAGUGGGCAGAGCUCUGUGACAGAGGGGGAGUCAUUUAUCUUUAUUGAAUCCCUCAAUCUUUUUCACCCCACAACCCUUCUUCUAUAAAAUAACAUCUUGUAGAUUGAAAAGGGACCCUCCAAAAGAUACAACCAUGUCCUUAUCCUUGAAACCUAUGAAAGUGAUCUUAUUUGGUAAAAGGAUCUUUUUUUAAAUUUUAUUUAUUUGACAGAGAGAGAGAUCACAAAUAGGCAGAGAGGCAGGCAGAGAGAGAGAGGGGGAAGCAGGCUCCCCGAUGAGCAGAGAGCCCGAUGAGGGGCUCAAUCCCAGGACCCUGAGAUCAUGACCUGAGCUGAGGGGAGAGCCUUAACCCACUGAGCCACUCAGGUGCCACUGGUAAAAGGAUCUUUACAGAUAUAAUAAGGAUCUCAAGAUAAACAUCCUGGAUUAUCUGGGUGAGCCUUAAGACCAAAGACAAAUGUCUUUUAUAAAAGACAGUAGAGAAGAUACAGAAAGACAGAGGAAAACGCCCAUGUGAAGAUGGAAGCAGAGACUGGAAUCACACAACCACAAACUAAAGAACCCUUGGCUGGAACCACCAGAUGCUGGAAGAAACAAGGGAAUAUUUGUCUCAGAGCCUUUGGAGGGAGCUCAGCCCUGCCAACACCUUGAUUUUAUUUUUCUUUGAGAUUUUAUUUAUCCAUUUGAGAAAGCACGAGAGAGAGCAUGAGAGGGGAGAAGGUCAGAGGGAGAAGCAGACUCCCUCUGGAGUCUGGAGCUGGGAACCUGAUGAGGGACUGGAUCCUGGGACUCUGAGAUCAUGACCUGAGCUAAAGGCAGUCACUUAACCAACUGAGCAGGUGCCCAAACCUUGAUUUUAGAUUGCUAGCCUCCAGAACUGUGAGAGAAUAAAUUUCUGUUGUUUUAAGCAAA